CGUAUAGCAUUAAUUCAAACUCUUGUAAAAAAAAGAUAUUUUUUUUAAAUUUAUUUUAUUGUCUAUAAUAUUUUCAUAGAAGCAAUAUUUCUUUGUUUAUAAAAUGUUUUUAUUUAUGAUGAAAGCAAAUGGAAAUAUUUCAUUAUAUUCAACAGAAAACAACGACGAAAAUCAAACAUGUAAUUUUUUAAAAGAUUGAAGCCUAAUGAAAAUUUUAAUGUAAUAUUAAGUUUUUUUUCUACAGAAUAUAUACAUAUUUGUCAAAUUUUGAAUAUAUAUUUAGAAAAAGAAAGAAUUGCUUUUACUUACGAAGAAGAAAUCUACAUAGAGACUUUUCGACAUAUCCAUUAUUGUGUGAAUUGAAAUAUAGAAGAACUCCUGUUGCAAAAGUCUUUGUACGAAAUAUUCGAUCACUUAGAAUUCAUCAGAGACAAAAAUCGAUACAGAAUUUCUAAGUUUUACUAACUGCAAAAUACGCGAAUGUUUUGUACGAAGACUUUUGCAAUCGAAGUUACAAAUAAUACAUAAGGCUGUUAAUAAUCGAAUAUAAUGACUACUUUGGGGAUAUUAUUUAUUUACUAAGUUUGAUAGCUAAGAUAAAAUAAAUUAGAUAAGUAUGUGUGAAUAAGGUAAAAUAAAAAUGGUAUUAGUGUGAUUUAUUGAUAUUUCGAAUUCUUUUUUUCUCUCCUUUUAAGGUUAUUUUGCAAAUAGUAUUUUCUUUCUUAUUACUAAUAUUUCUUACUCACUACUUUUGUUUUUCUUCCGUCUCGAUCAUAUAUAUAUAAAAUUACCAUUUAAAAGAUAAAGCCAUACGUUGUUGAUCAAAUAAAUCCAUCUUCAGUUAACAAAUGGUAAACUUUAUAGAGACGCAACAAUAUGAAAAUGGACUUGGAGAAUGCUCAGAAAAGAAAGUCAGCCGUAAAUUCGAUUGAGUGAAAGACAAAUAUGAAUGUAAAAAGAUGGAUUCGAUACUAUUCCAGCACAGAUCAAGGUGAUAUUAAGGUACAUUAUUGCUGCAAUCAAGUUAAGUUUCCUGAGGCACCUGCAGUUAAAAGUUUGCAGACCACUUUCAGCAGUGAAAAAAUAUGCCUUUAGGUGAGAAUCACGAAAAAUAACAAAAGCUUUACUAAUGCAAUAUAUGAGUAAUCAAAUUUUUUACCCAAUAAAAUCCAUUUGUUUAUCUAGUAAUAUAUAAAACAUGUUUUUUUGUAUUCAAUUGAAAAGAUUAUAAUAACUGCGAUUAAAAUCGAUUCAUGUAUAUCUUUCGAAAAGUUGAAUUAUCGAAAUUCGUAUUGAAAAUUUUUUUCUAUUAUAGUUUCAUCAUUAGCUACAAAACUUGCACCACCGUCCACCAUAUCCUCAUCAUCCCGUCGUCCAUCUGCACCACUUCAAAUAGUUCUUCGUAAUCCGCCCAUAAGACGUCGUUUGUUAUAUGGUAGUAGUAUAAGUAAUACACCAUCACCAACAAUAUCUCCAUCCGACAUUUUUUCACGAUCAUCAAAAUCUUCAUCAUUGAAUGAUACACCACAAACACCUGAACCACCAUGUUCUUCUCAUUUAAAUACAAAUAAUCAACAUAAUCAAACAUCAGAUACAAUCAAAUGCAAUAUUAAUCGAUCAAGAUCUUUAAGACGAAAAAAAUUAAUAAAUAAUCGUUCAAAUUCUUCUGAUGUUCAUUCAAUAUUAUGUUCACGAUCUUAUCAAAGUCAUGUAUCAAACGAACAGGAAAUUAAUUCAGAUUAA